AUGGUGAAAAGAUUUGAAUUCGUGCAUGCGAUUUUCCUGCACAAUGUCUUGAUUCAAUGUUUACUCGGAGUAAAAGGACAAUCUGCUUGCCCCAGUGGCUUGGUUGAGUUUGAUUCAUCCUGCUACUUAUUUCAUAACAUCCGAUCUACAUGGACUGAAGCAAAAACCCACUGCCAAGAAAGUGCUGGAGCAAUUCUUCGGAUUGAAUCUUCAGAAGAAAAUGACUUUAUCGUGGGUGAGAUGAAAUCACAUGGCAUGUAUUUUAUUUGGAUUGACUGCAAUGCUAUAAACACGGAUGAACUCUGCUAUACUGCUGAUAACACACUGACAUCUUAUGAGAGCUGGACCACAGGAAAUCCUUUGGAAAUUCUUGGCAACUGUGCUAAAGUAUACUAUGGUAUCUGGUACAGUACAGUUUGUACAGAGGCGAAUGGUGUUGUCUGUGAGAUGAACAUCAUCCCACCACAAGUCAAACUUACAAAGUCAACCCCAGUAUUAUCAUGCUAUGUUCUUGAUGAUAACGGCCAGCUACAUGUACCAGUCUAA